GAAAAGGUUAUACAUUCAGCUAAUUUUAUUUAAUUUUUGAUAAGUGUUUCAUUUUAAGUCAUUAUACUCCGGAUAAUUUGCUUACAUUGCACAAAGAUAAUUUGUUUUGUACGCGUCUCAAGUAUCAAAUCAUGUUUAAGAAAGAACACUAUUACAUCUAUUGUUCAUUUAGUACAUCCUUCACUGAAUUCCAGAUGUUUAAAAUUUGGACAAAGAUAACAUUCUUUAUAUGAAAGCUUUACAAGUAUCAGGGCAUCCUUUCAGCGUAAAACACAUAACCUUUUAAGGUUAUAUGAGUUGAUAAGAUUUCAAAAUAUCUUUAACACACAUAAUAUAAAGGGCUCCUUUAACCAUCCAAAGUUAAUGCAAAGAUGGGACUUCUACAAGUACUAAGCUUUAUUCUGUCUAUGUUUCUGUAUGGAACAUUUGGUGAUUCAUCUUUAAUUGAAAACGAAGCUUCUGAUCAAAAAGGUUUGCUCCCUAGUACUGUAUCCGGUAAAGCUUCCAAUGUCCUACGUGACAUUCUGAAUCAGGAAAGUCUGGUCCGCUUCUCUAUGGUACAAAAAAUACAAGGUCUAGUGAUGGAUGCCGUGGACAGCAAAAAAGAUGGACAAGUUAUCAAGGCAAAACUCAGUGAGGUGACAAAGGAACUGCAGGAUUUGGAGACUAAAAGCCAAAUUAUUGAGAAAGAAAAUAUCAAACUUAAAGAAGAAUUAAAGGAGGUGUACGGGACAGUGAAUGACAAUAGAAACUUUACAAAGGAAGAAAUUCAGUAUCUUGAACAGAGGAUUGAUAAAAAAGUUUUAGGUCUCCAAGAACAGCUUGAUUUGUCAAAAAAGACAUUGGGAAGUGACUUGAAAAAAGUCUUACAGACAUUGAAGAUGACGGAACAGAAUACAAAAGAGAAAAUAAAGGCUUUAAAUGAAUCGCAAAUGGUUUCCGCUAAAAGCCCGCAAAUCGAAAUGCUCCAAUAUCAAAUGAAUGCAAUGAAUGUAACAUUACAGAAAUGCAGCGUAAGCACUUUUUUUGAACGUGUGAAAAAGACAGAGUACGCUUUAGAAAACUACUCCGUCUCUGUAAAUGAAACUUUACACACUGUUUGUGGGGAUGUUAAUGAAUCCAGCUGGUUCUUGUCAAAAGUGCUUCUGAAGGAUUGCAGGGAGAUUUUAAAGACUUUCCCGAGUUUAAAGGGUCGAGAUGGUAUAUACAGAAUAUCCGUAGGCUCUGGGAUCAAGACUGUUUACUGUGACAUGACGACAGAUAGGGGAGGCUGGACGGCUAUUCAAAGAAGACAGGACGGUUCUACAAAUUUUUACAGGACGUGGUCAGAAUACAAACAAGGAUUUGGUGAUCCAUCUACAAACUACUGGAUUGGAAAUGACGCAAUCUAUGAGUUGACAAAGAACAAGAACCAGGAACUCCGGAUUGAACUGCAAAGUUUUGAUGGCGCUGAAGCAUAUUCUCAGUACUCCACAUUUUAUGUUGGAGAUAAAUACAAUAAAUACGUACUCACUGUGUCGGGGUAUUCAGGAACUGCAGGUGACAGUUUAAAGUAUCACAAUGGAAUGAAAUUUACCACAAAAGACAAUGAUAAUGACAAGAACUGUGCUACACAAUAUCACGGAGCCUGGUGGUACAAAUCCUGUCACCACUCAAACAUGAAUGGACAAUAUGCACAUUCUGCUGUGUCUGGUGGUAAAUACGCGGUAUGGCAGGGCUGGAAGGGUAGCGAAGCAUUAAAACAGACCAUGAUGAUGAUCAGACACAAAAACUAGAGAACGUUUAUUAUCAGAUCUGACAUAGAUAUCAUUACAAAUCUGAUAUUUUAUUUUGACAAACGAAUGACAACUUCAUGUUGCUUUCGUAUUCACGUAUAGAUUUUUAGACAAUUACAGUAAGUUCCUUCUUCUUCAAUAUUUCUACCACUGAAUUAUAGAUUUUCUUCCAAGAAA